GGACAACGCCGCCGGGACGCACACGGUGGCACAAUGGCACCGGGAGGCACGUGGUGACACCACAUGACAACAACGUCACACCGUCACCCCGACCUUCGCCCCUGGUUUGGUGUCACUCACCAGCAGUGAUGAUGGUGCCGUCCUGGCUGCUGGUGGCCCUGCUGGUGACCCUGCUGGUGGUCUGGCUGAGGGAUGCAGCGGCUGCUGUCACCCGUUUCCGGGCCACCUGCCAGCAGCUGCGUCACUUCCCUCUGCCACCAUGGCGCAGCUGGCUGCUGGGACACACCGGGAUGGCACGGAACACGGAGGAAGGACUGCAGGAUGUGGACAAGAUGGUGGCACAGUACCGUCAUGGCGCCUCUGGGUGGGUGUCCCCAUGGCUGCCGGUCCUCCGCCUCUUCCACCCCGACACCCUCCGCCCCGUGCUGAUGGCCUCAGCUUUCAUUGCCCCCAAGGACAAACUCUUCUACGGGUUCCUCAAGCCCUGGCUGGGGGAUGGGCUGCUGCUGAGUCGUGGGGACAAAUGGGCCCGGCACCGGCGCCUGCUGACACCCGCCUUCCACUUCGACAUCCUCAAGUCCUACAUCAGCAUCUUCAACAGCAGCACCCACAUCAUGCACACCAAGUGGAGGGCUGCAGCGAAGGCAGCGGGGGGACCGGUGGGACGAAACAUGCUGGACCUCAGCCUCCUCACCCUCGACACCCUCCAGAAGUGCAUUUUCAGCCACGACAGCCGCUGCCAGGAGCGGCGCAGUGAAUACAUCGCAGCCAUCCUGGAGCUCAGCACCCUGGUGGUUGCAGAGGCAGCAGCGCCUGCUCAUUACGCCUCGUGGCUCUACCGGCUCUCAGCCGACGGACGGCGCUUCGCCCGCGCCUGCGCCACGGUGCACAGCUUCACUGCCAACGUGGUGCAGCGCCGGCGCCAGGAACUCAACGGCCUCGGCCAUCAGGCAUGGCUGAAAAGCAAGCAGGGACGGAGCGCGGACUUCAUCGACCUCCUGCUGCUCACCAAGGAUGAGGACGGCAACACUCUGUCCGACGAGGACAUCGCAGCCGAAGCUGACACCUUCAUGUUCGAGGGGCACGACACGACGGCCAGCGGGUUGGCCUGGCUGCUCUACAACCUGGCCCACCACCCAGACUACCAGGAGCAGUGCCGUCAGGAGGUCCGUCAGCUCCUCAAGGGCAGGGACGCGGAGGAGAUCGAAUGGGAGGAUCUGUCCCUCCUGCCCUUCACCACCAUGUGCAUCAAGGAGAGCCUUCGCCUGCACCCGCCUGUCACCGCCGUGUCCCGGUGCUGCACUGAGGACAUCGCCACUCGUGAUGGACGCGUCAUCCCCAAGGGGGUCAUCUGCAUGAUGAGCAUCUAUGGAACCCACCACAAUCCGGAUAUCUGGCCUGAGCCAGAGGUCUACAACCCAAUGAGAUUCAGCCCAGAGAACAGCCAGGGACGGUCCCCGCUGGCCUUCAUUCCUUUCUCUGCUGGGCCCAGGAACUGCAUCGGGCAGAGCUUCGCCAUGGCUGAGCUGAAGGUGGUGGCGGCGCUGACCCUCGCACACUUCGCCGUCAGGCCAGACCCGGCGAGGCCGGUGCGCCGCAGGACUGAGCUGAUCCUUCGUGCUGAAGACGGGCUCUGGCUGCAACUGGAGCCGCUGUCGGGGAUGCCCUGAGGAGGGGGGUUGUGGGGAACAGUCCUGCCCAAGUGAGGAAUAAAUGGCGGCACAGCCGGGA